GCUGAUAGGAUGAGAUGGGAUGGUCUCGUGGAUCACACGUGGAGAGGAGAGCCUCAUCCAACGUUGGGGAGACAUCCACACGAGUUUAGGCUUGUGGAGCCGCUAGACGCACCUAAGGUGACGAGUUCCCUAUCUAGUCCCUGUGAGUUGAGCGUCUCAUUCAUGUUCCGUCACUGCCUGGUUACGUUACCAAUGUUUGGGGAAUCCCUAAACAUUGGUUUGGGGAUACCUCUGGGGGCGUUGGGGAACUUAUCCAGAAUGACCGAUUCUUUUCUUUUUGGAGGGGGAAGCGGGACGCUUUAAAAUGGGCUAAACCCAAGAUCAGGGACGUGGGAUCUGGAGUCUGAGGUGAGGUGCGCACAAGAGAAUGCAGUGGCCUGAGAGGCGUUCAUCUUGCUGAUAUCGAGAAUGGCCUUUGCUGUCCGCCUUGGCUUUCAUCUUCGAUCGGGGGGCUUAUUUGCUUUAGGAGUCCAGGCCGAUAUGGAGAAUGAACCGGGGUAAUACUCAGGUAGAAUCAAUGUUUCUGCUGGGUCGUCUACCCGAUCCAUCUGAUCAUCAAUUACCCAAGCUUCAAUAGAAUGAAGCAGCUGAGAUGCAUCAUCAGAUAGUUGUGUUCAUCAUCCCCUGCAGUUAUGUUAGCUUACUCAUCCUGUUGCUCAUCGGCUACACCUCUCCUCUUGACUCCUUGUUCCUUAUUUCCAGAAUCAGUUGCCUUGGAGAUCGGCUCUUGACUUACCGCCCAAAGAAUCAAUCAAACAAACGGCACGGCCAGAAGAAAAAAAAGCAAAAAUCGAAUCGGUAACGGAAUCUUGAUCAAAGGAUCAUGUACAGCAUCCCCUGUAUACGCGAUCUACAUAGAAAGAUAGAAAGAGGCUUCGCUCCUUUCCACGCGAUUCUAUUUAUAUAAAAUAAAUUAAAAAAAAAAUAGAAAGCUCUAGGAUUGCGUAGGAUUCUUUGGCUACCGCUGCGGCGGUCAAAGUCAAAGACCCAACCAACCCUAGCCGCCGCCUUAAGAGAGGUUUUUAUCCCUCCCUUCCAGUGUGGCUUGAAAGAAAGCAAGCCACCUUGUUUUUGGCAAUGAAUGGAAUCAAUAGAUCGGCGGCACAGUAGAGUGAUUCUGACUGAAACUCCUGCUUGAUCUGUUUUGAGGCCCCCAGCUUUAGGCUAGGUAUAGGCCUCUCUAGAAGGUUGUGGGUUGGAGGAGAAAGGGGAGUGGAGGCGGGCCUCCGUUCGCAUCUCUGUUCCAACAAAUAACGACUUUUCCUCGUUCCCAUGACUCCGCGGCCCAUCUGCCUUUUCCAUUGUCAACCCCGGCAACUUAUGAGUGAGGCUUUCGGGGCUACCUACUUUAGGGCUAUAUAAAUAUAUAAGAAGAGCCCGAAUUUGGCCUUUUUGUUUAAGGGCUGCUCGCCUUUUGAAUAGAAGGAAGUGGGAUAGCGGGGGUGAUUUCGGUAAACCGAUGCAUGAGCUGAGGCUCCCAUGUCCCGCCGACCCUCCGAAAAAGUAAGGUCGUAAAACGGCUCAUAGGGAGUCAGAAGCAAGCAGAGUCAAAGGCGGGUCAAACUCACAUAAGCAGAGGGGGAGACACAUUCAUGAAAAGCGAGAAGCCGUGCCGUGGGGGACUGACCAACUAUGAAUAGAUCUUACUUACGGGUAACAGUAGGAACAUCUAUUAGUCCGUAUCGUGGGUCUACUUGUUACAAAAGGCGAACAUCCCCAUUCCAAAACAUUCACAUAGGUCCUCAGGCGGGCGGGACGAAAAGAGUCUAUUUACCUUUACAAUAUUCCGGAAUGUAUCACGGCCCUAUCUAUUCAUCUUUUUUAUUAAAAAAAAAAAAAAAAGAGUUCCGCAUCUCUCCGGGGCCCGGGGAACAAAUAGGCGUGGGGAAGAGGGAGAGGGGGGGCUACGAGCCCUCUCCCGUUGCUGUUCCCGGACCACCCACCCCUUCCUUCCCCUUCGCCCGGCCCGGUGAGGUCCGAAGAGAUCAGAUCUCUCGAACGAAGUGAAGUGAUAGGAAGAGAAGACUGCUGGCGGGAGAUCUCUAUUCAUUACACCCAGCGAAGCCAAAAAACGUGAGCGCCUAGCGCGAUACGCAAUCAAACUACUGCGCUAACGCGCUUCAACCUAAACAAGCAAGGGCCCGACUAUAUACAACGGCUAGCGCGCCAGAACAAGCAAGCAAGGGAUGAGCCCAAUUAUGAGUAAGCUGAUCGUAGAGCACCGUUGCGCGUUAGCGCAUCCGCUGGGCGCGUUAGCACGCGCAUCCAAGAAUCAACGGAUGAGCCCCUACUCGAGUAAGCUGAUCUACGAGCACUCUCUCCCGGUGGUCGAGCUGAUCGUAGAGCACCGUUGUGCGUUAGCAUGCUUUGACGCGGGAGCGCGCUUAUAGGUUGCGCGCGCCUUACUCAAAUAGGGGCCUUUAGCUAUAGUGGGGCCCUUGCUUGUUAGGUUAGGGGCAAAGCAACCUGACGCGUUGCGGCGCCCUACCUUGUCCACUGAGGCUCCGGAGUUUGCUGGAUCGAAGUAGGAAAUUCUCCAUCCGCCCGCCAGCAGCAGAGGGGUUCGAUUCCCGUUAUACGCGAUGUGGCGAAAAAGACUGAAAAAACGAGAUACCUUGCCUGCAUUAAGAUUUAAAACUUGUCGUCUACUUCCAGGAAAUGUUCGGAACAGAGAACUUACAAUAAUACAACGCCGCAUUCUCCGAAGAUUGAGGAGCAAGAAGAGAUCUAUUAAGAGAAAGAUUUAUCCGAGAGAAAAUCUUAACAGUUACAUCCAAUCACAAACUACACGAAAGUUGCCCCUUUUUCAUGGGGAUUUACCCAUCACAGAGAUGCACAGAGGAACAGAACGAACUUCAUAUAUCCCUUUUCCACUCAAUCCAGAAACAAGAUCGGACGUUAUUCCGGUUCGUCUCCAUUUUCGUGAAACUAUUCCUCAAGCAAGGCAGCCGAUAAGUCAUCGAAGGGUUUGUGUGAAUAAUGGAAUGGUAAGCAUUACUCAUUUGAAAGUGUCCCACGGUGAUCUAAUAUCUUUUCAAGAAAAUGACGCGAGAACCCGCGGUGAAGAAAUAAGGAGAUCUUUCUAUAUCGACAUAUCAGUUGAAAAAAUCAUAGGCAAAUUCCUGGAUCACCCGGUAAGAAUGUGGAGAAGAACCAAAACAGAAUGGUUCCGCCUACUCAAAACUAAGAGGGGGUGCCGCCUACUACUAAAAUCCCGGUUUUUGCAACAGUUGCGUUCUUCUAUGCAAGAAGAAGACUUAGAAAGAACAAAGAAGUUUGGAUCCGAAAAAGUAUGCUUAGGCAGUUCCUUCGCUGAGCACAACAGAAUGAAGAGGAAUUUGUAUCAUUUCAAAUCCCUAUUCUUAUCGAAGAGAAGGAACGAGAAAAACCGAAAUCUUCCUACUCGAACAAGAAGUCCUAUAGUUAACAACUCUUCUUUAUAUAGUAAUUCGACCUAUUGCUCCGGAUCCCCCCAUCAGUUUACUAGGAAGAGAAGAAUCAAAAGGAUCGAACUACCUACUCAUUAUUCGGAGGUGAAUCAUAGAACACCAAAAGCUGUGGUAUCUUAUGGACCUAACAUAGGUCACAUCCCUCACGACAUAAGAUUGAAAGAUCCAAACCUUCCUCUUCGGAGCGGAAACGGACGUGGCCAAAACAUAUAAAGAUCGGCGUAGUCGCUCAUAGGGACAUAUCUAUCCGGAUAGAGGAUAGUGACGAUCGAUUCAUAGAUAGAUCUCUCUCCAUAUAGAUAGGUAUCUCCGUGGAUAGAGAUAAAGAUAGGGAUCCAUCUAGAUCUUGAUUCACUAUUUCCAUUUUUUUUUCUUCCUUGAUUCUGAUUGAUUGCCUUUUUGACGACCCCUACUCGAGUAAAGGUAAGGAAAUGAAAUUCAAUUAUUACUUGCUGGGUCGGAGCGUAGACGAGCGAGCAGAGCCCAGGAACAGGGAAGCCCGUCAUAGAGCAGUCGACUAGAAGUAGAAGACUGCUGGCCUGAGAGAAGGCGGCCUCUCUCGGGAAACAUGGCCCAAUUUCUCUUCUUUCUUUUUGAUUUCGGUUUUUUUUUCAGGGGCCCACCCAAUUUCUCUGGUAGUUCGAGCUUGCUUCUAGUACCAAACAAGCGCUUGAAAGACCUCUCCUUACUCGCCUAAACCUGACUUACUCUUGCUCUUGAACAUGAAUACUUGAAGUCCCUCCGCUGCUCUGUCUUCUAGUCGAUUGUUCUGUGGGCAGUGGAGACGCUGGAGAUGUUUCAGCAACUAUUCCUACUAAUGUGAUUUCGUAGAAAACGGAAGUGCGCGGAUGCGCACUCCUGCGAAGAAAACGCCUUACAAACAAGCAAGUCCUUUCGCCCAAUUAUUAGUAAGGCGGUGGUCUACGAUCAGCUAGCUCAGCCGUUGCUUGGUUGCUUAGUACGCGCAUCUUCUUCUUGCUUGCUGGGCAGCGAAGUUUGAUUUUCUUGGGGUUUGUGAUCACCUCAGAUGGAGUUGAGGUAGACAAGGAAAAGGUACGGGCCAUAGUGGAGUGGCCUACACCAAAGUCUCUUACGGAAGUUCGAAGCUUCCAUAGACUAGCUACUUUCUACAGGCGCUUCAUCAAGAACUUUAGCAGCCAACUAGCUCCAAUCACCGAUUGUCUGAAGCAAAAUCGGUUCGAGCUUCUUGAAGUAGGGGGAAGCAGAAAGUAGUUUUCGACUAGUUAAGCAGAGGAUGCCCUUAAGAGAAAAGUGCCCCUGUAUUGGCCUUACCCGAUUUCUCAAAGGUAUUCGAAGUUGAUUGUGAUGCUUCUCACGUAGGCAUUGGAGCGGUGCUUAGCCAAGAAGGUAGACCAAUUGCCUUUUACAGCGAGAAAUUGAAUGAGGUUCGAAAGAGAUAUUCGACCUAUGAUGUCGAAUUUUAUGCUAUUGUCCAGGCCUUGCGACAGUGGAGACACUAUUUGAUUUCAAAGGAGUUUGUUUUAUACUCUGACCAUGAAGCCUUCAAAUUUCUCAAUGCCCAAAAGAAGUUGAAUAGCAGACAUGCAAAAUGGCUUUCAUUUUAGCAAGAGUAUAACUUCAUACUUAGGCACAAGUCCGGGAAACAAAAAAAACCAAGUUGCUGAUGCACUAAGCAGAAGGCUUUCUCUUUUAGGAGCUAUGUUUGUCGAAGCUGUUGGGUUCGAGGCUAUAAAAGGUCAGUACAAGAUGGAUCCUUAUUUCAGCUCGAUUCUGGAGCAGUGCGAGCUGCAUACUGGUGGUCCAGGGUUUGAUUCUAUUAUUCAGUAAGGCUAUUCAAUAGGGUUAACCGGAGAUCGCCCUAUAGAAUGACUAAGGGUUGGAGAUGAAGAAUGAAGUGGAAGAAACUAGUUGAAACGGAUCGAUAUCAGAGUGGAAUCGUCAAUAAAUAGACGGGGGCUUCUUCGUAUAGAAAGCCAGAUCGACAUAUGCUUGCUUCGAAUAAAAAGAUCGAUAUGCGUAUAGACAGAAAGAGAUGGAUAUAGUUGCCUGUAUCUAAACCAAAUAAGGUUGUUUUUUCCUUAUUUGGUUUAGAGUUGGGGCUUUCGAGCAAGCUGAAAAACUACAGCGCGCGCGUUA